AUGCUGCGCCCGCUGCUGCUCGCCGCGCUCUGCCUGGCCGGCCGGCUGGGGACCUCCCGCAGCUGCCAGCUGCCCUCAGAGUGGAGACCCCUGAGCGAAGGCUGCCGCGCCGAGCUGGCCGAGAUCAUCGUGUACGCCAAGGUGCUGGCGCUGCACCAAGAGGUGCACGGCCUGUACAACUACCUGCCCUGGCAGUACGAGGCCGGCGAGGCGGGGCUCUUCUACGCGGCCGAGAUCGAGAUGCUGUGCGACCAGGCGUGGGGCAGCAUGCUCGAGGUGCCCGCGGGCUCCAGGCUCAACCUCAGCGGCCUGGGCUACUUCUCCUGUCACUCCCACACCGUGGUCCAGGAUUACGCCUAUUUCUUCUUCCUCAGGAUGGAUGAAAAUUAUAACCUCUUGCCUCAUGGAGUCAAUUUCCAAGAUGCCAUCUUUCCAGACACUCAAGAGAACAGAAGGAUGUUUUCCAGCCUUUUCCAGUUUUCAAACUGUUCCCAAGGGCAGCAACUGGCAACUUUCUCCAGUGACUGGGAGGUCCAAGAAGACACUAGGCUCAUGUGUUCCUCGGUGCAGAGGGCCCUGUUUGAGGAGGAGGACCACGUCAAGAAGCUGCAGCAGAAGGUGGCCACCCUAGAGAAGCGCAACAGGCAGCUGCGGGACCGGGUAAAGAAGGUCAAGAGGUCCCUGCGGCAGGCGCGGAAGAAUGGCCGCCACCUGGACGCGCCUGGGGCAUGA